AAAAAGUAUUGGAAUCAUUUCAGUGAUAAAUGUAGACGAAAUUUAGAUCCUGCUCUGGUUUAUGCAGAAUUCUCUAUAAUUAAAGGAUCAAAUCCCGAAGUCGAAUGUUUAUCAAGGGAGGAAUACUUGGCCGUUAAUAUUAAAAAGUAUCCUAUAUUUUAUGAUCGUAAUGAAAUUUAUGACCUGUUUGAAAAAUAUGAAAAAAUGAAAAAACUUAAUUACGACUAUGAUUCAAUUGAUCGAACUCGUGCUGUCCUUCGUUGCGCUAAAAGGGACUCACUUGGUGGCCCACACAUUCACGAAGUAUAUAUUGAUGAAU